AUGCCGAUCACUUCUUACUCCUUGCCCACUGGCUACCUAGGUCCAACCAGCUUUGUCGCGGCAUUGGAAGAGGACCACGAGCUUGUUUCUAGCCCCAGCGAUCGACAGUUACAGGACGAUGCGGGAACCACAUUCCCAUCGGAAUUGCCCUUGUACUGGAUCCAGCAGACAGCAGAAAUAUUACGAUGCUUACAAGAUUUUCCAACCAUUAAACAGCUAGUCGACGAAUACUACGGACUGAGCAAGGCGGCGGUCAUACCAUCUCUCGUUCUUAACGCACUACCCUCAAUACAGAGUACGAUUGACGAAACCCAACUGCAUAAUAGCCCACCAGAACAAGUCGCGCGGGUUCUUCAAAACACGAAACAUGUGCUCCAUAUAUCAUCAACUAUGACAGGACGUCAUUUCCAUCAGCUUUUUACUGGGUCUAAUUUACGCCUGGAGAUCUUAGGCGUUCUCUAUGCGAUAGCUGGCCGACUCAGUAUUUUCGGCCUGGCUCAUGAUAGAUUCCCCAGACUCAAUGGGAUGGCAGCUCGUGAACGGUUCUCUCGGAAGAUGCUGGCGGCUAGUGAUGCGGUGCUUCAGAUUUGCAGGCUCAUCGCCCCAAUCAAUGAUCUAACGAUAUGGAUGCUGUAUGAAAUUCUACUAUUGUCAAAGGUGGCAGAUGGUGAUACUAGCUCCGCAAAGUGGCGCAGGCUCGGAGACCUGUCAACCCAUAUAUUUGAGCUGGGGUUGCAUAGAGACUCCGAACAGUCAAGCUCUCUCCCCGUAUUUUUAGUCGAGACCCGCCGCAGACUCUUUGCAGCGGCAUACCAACUCGACAAGAGCAUUGCAACAUUCCUUGGCAGACCGCCGCGAAUAUCAUUAAGACAUUCAGACUGUCGACUGCCUAUUGAUAUCCAUGAUAGCUCGUUGGAGGCUGAUCAGUCAGAAAUUGAAUUAGCCCUACAGAGCUUGGACAGCGAUGGAUGGAAUACUCAAGGUAGCCUUCAUCGGGCUACCUUUCUUCGGCAACGAUUCCUAGUCAGCACCUUUCGCGAAGAGAUUCUAGAGGUCUCGUUAGAGACCCAAAACCGUGGGACAGCCGAAAAGCUGAGGGAUAUCUCUGUGCGUUGUAAUCAAACAUGGAACUCAAUGCCGAAUCAAUUGCACUACAGCUCAGAUUCUCGGGAUAAAAACAUGUCCAACACGACCCGUAUGAUGCUUAUCGUGUCCUACCUAGCUUACCUUUACAACGACUUCCUCAUUCAAAGGCUCCUUGUUCAGCAGAACCAGGAGGCCUACUCCGCUUUGCUCGAUGUGAGCUCCACCAUCUUGUCGACCGUUUUAGAUUUCUGCGCCAUGCGAGAAGAUAUGGUCGACCUUCGGCCAGACUUCAUGUGGACAAACCUCCUGUAUGGCUUCCCCAGUGCCGCUGUUCUAAUCAAGGCGCUCCAGAAACAAGCUCGCACCGGUCGACCAAUCCCCUACCAGGCUCGCGAUCUGAAUUGA